ACGGUAUUUUUCUGAAAAAAGAAAAAAGAAAGAAGGGAAAAACAGAGUCCCGUGCACUAUAUAUACACUUGACCCGCUCAAUUUUCCCCUCGUUUUCUUCCUUCUUCCUUCCUUCGGCGUCGAAUCUUUCCGCUAGCUCCCUUCCCUCCCAUCAAUCCCAACACACAAAACCUGCAAGGGGCUUUAACCCGAGUCUCUUUCCCGCCAAAAGCCCGAGGUCUCUCUUUCUUUACCUCGGGUGGGUCGCGUCAAUUCUUCCCUCUGUAAAUUGUUGUCCAUCUGUCUCAGUCUCACUCUCUCUACUCCCAAGUCUUGUAAUUAUAAGCGUAUCCAAAGCCCAGAUACUUUCCUUGCUAUCUAUCUUCGUACAAGGUUUCUCUGCUACCACUCUCUCUUUAGUCUUUUCCUCUUUUUCACUUCCAAUUAUACAUAAGAGGCAUAGAAUCUCCCCCUUUGUUCUUCAUAAAGCUCUUUCCUUUCCUUUGAUCGAGAAAAACCCACCUUCACUGGAUCACAUGCUUUUUCGCUUCCUUUGAUGCAUCUGAACAAACCCAUCUGCUACUGUCCGAUCUCCUAUCAUCUUCUACAAAAAGCACCAUGACAAGCCCCGACACAAACAGUUUCCACCAUCCCCAAUUCGGCAAGUCCGUAAAGUUCUCUCAGCACAUAGUAACAACAACUGAGCUCAUUCAUCAACGGAAACCCACGACUCCCGGCGACUCACAACCAAAGCUCAAGCUUGUGAGGAUCAUACUCACCGACGGCGAUGCCACUGACUCCUCCAGCGACGACGACGAAGAAUAUUGGUCCGUACGAAGAGUUAAACGGCACGUCAGAGAGAUCAGCUUCGAGCAACCGCCAUCACUUUCCCCCAAGAAGUCGCUGAGGCAGGAGCCUGCAGCUAAAAAGAGACCGUUGAGAUCGCCGGGGUCCGAAGCCAAGCGCCGGAAAAAGUUCAGAGGUGUCCGGCAGAGGCCUUGGGGUCGCUGGGCAGCCGAGAUCCGAGACCCGACCCGCCGCAAGCGGGUCUGGCUGGGAACCUUCGACACGGCCGAAGAAGCUGCCUCUAUGUAUGACAAAGCAGCGGUGAAGCUCAAGGGUCCUAACGCCGUCACAAACUUCCCUAACGCCGUCGCGAACGCCGUUACGACGGAAACGUCGGUGUCGGUCGACGUUGAGAGUCCCAAGGAAAGCUCUGGCAUGUCUGACGCAGCUGCCUCCUCGCCCACUUCGGUCCUGCCUUAUGACGAAUCAACGACGCCGUUCGACGGAUUUUGUUACUUGGACGCUGAUGUCUUCGGGUUUGAUAUCGACUUGCCGUUAGGUUUGCCGGAUUUUGUUUUGUCUAGAAAGCACUUGGCCCAUCAAGAGGAGGAAGAGUUCGGGGAGUUUGACAUCGACGAUUUCUUAGUGGAACAGUGAGGGAGUGUUUAGUAAUACGGUUCCCCACCUAUUUCCGAAACAGUGACGUGGCAUAUUUUGAUUAGUUAGUUGGUUGACGGGGGAGUGGACCAAGAGAGUCGGAAUUCCUAAAGUGGCCCUCGUUCAUUUUGAUCUUUAUAUAGGUAAAAACUACGGAGUGUUUGAUAUACAUAGACAGAGAGUCAGCCGAUCCUAGCACUAAUACGCCGAUUUUGUCUUCUGUUAAUGAGCCAAUGAGGUUUUGUUAUAUUGUUAUUGGUCUAAUUGUAAUUAUGCCGUAUUUAAAAAAAUAAAAAAUAAAACAUAAUUGCGAGGUGAUAAGUUUGAAGUGCGUGAAGGGUGGGUUUUGAGAGAUUUUUAGGCCAUUCCUUCGGUUUCACGCCAAAAAAGCGUUGAAAAGUAAAUGGGGGGGUUUUAUUGUAGCAACUAGCAAGAUUAAUUAUUUAAAUUAAUAAUAGAAUAUAAUAAAAUUGGUGUCUAUGGAUGUUUGGUUUCUGAUUAGUAAA